GCAGCCCUGCUUUAACUACACCGGUGCGAUGACUUUUGCGUUUUCGUCUUGAACUUUGCCGUCGUGUCGAUUUUGGUUUUUUUUCUUGGCCUGUGCUGCCAUUUACUAUAAAUUACUUUGUUUAGUUAGUUGAAAGGGCUAGUUGCUUUAUAUAUAUACCUAAUCAUGGGACUGUUGCGGUCAAUACGUCUGAGAAUCAUGAAUUUCAUGAUUUUCUUUCUAAUUAUUAUUUUGUUCCCGGGUCUGCCCCCGCGCACAACUUUCCCCUAUAAAGAUUUCAGUGUUGCCCCACCCAAAGAACUGAAGGGCGCCCUCGAGUCCAACUUUCACUUGGAGGGAGCUGAGCGUUUGCUGGAGGGCCGUAUCUAUGGCCCGGAGUGCCUGGUCGUGCGCAACAAUGAGAUCUACACUGGCCUACAUGGUGGUGAGAUCAUCAAGCUGACAUCCAACCAUGUGACGCAUGUAGCCAAAUUCGGCGAGCCUUGUGCCGAAAUAUUUGAGGAGGCCAAGUGUGGUCGCCCGCUGGGCUUGGCAUUUGAUACCCAAGGCAAUAAUCUGAUCGUCGCCGAUGCCUACUAUGGACUGUGGCUAGUUGAUCUAACCACAAACAAGAAGAAACUGUUGGUGUCGCCGACUCAGGAGCUGCCUGGCAAGAGCAUCAAUCGCCGAGCCAGGGUCUUCAAUUCAGUGACCGUUAGCAAGGAGGGCGAGAUCUACUGGACCGAUUCUUCUUCAGACUUCACCAUUCAAGAUAUUAUGUUUGCCUCAUUGGCUAAUCCAUCUGGACGUCUAUUCAAAUACAAUCGGGCCAAGAACGUGAGCGAAGUGCUGCUUGACGAACUGUUCUUUGCCAACGGUGUGGCGUUGAGCCCGAAUGAAGACUUCAUUGUGGUGUCUGAGACGGGAGCAAUGCGUCUGACAAAGUACUACCUGAAGGGCCCCAAGAAAGGUCAGAGUGAAGUCUUUGUUGAGGGUCUGCCUGGCUUGCCCGAUAAUUUGACUCCCGACGCCGACGGCAUUUGGGUGCCCAUUGUGUCCAGCGCUGACAGCGAGCAUCCUCCCAGCUUCUCGCUCUUCUCGCGCUUCCCCACCAUCCGUUUGUUCCUGGCCCGCAUGCUUGCGCUCUUCGAGCUGCCAUUCCGAUACAUCAACAGCGUAUACCCGAAUAAGUUCUCACAGCGUUUUGUGCACUUUGUCGGCCACGGCGAGAUGGCCAUGCUCUUGGCACCCAAGCGCACCACUGUGGUUCGUGUGGACUGGAAUGGCAAUAUUGUGGGCUCGCUGCACGGAUUUGAUAAGUCUGUUGUGGGUGUGUCACAUGUGCUCGAGUUCCAGGAUCAUCUGUAUCUGGGCUCACCCUUCAAUCACUAUUUGGCCCGUGUCAAGUCUCCCAAGGCGGCCAAGCAGCCCACUGUCAAGGUGCGUAAUGUGCGCGUCGAGGGCGGUCUAGAGGCGUCUGUUGGAGCUCCACCGACAACGGCCAAGCCCAAGCCAAAGGCAGCACCAAAGACAACCACGAGCACAACAACGACAACGACCACGACGCCAAAGCCCCAAACUACGACAACCAGAAAACCCACGACGACGACGACGACCACAACAACAAGAACAACUACGACAACUGCCAAGCCAAAGACCACUACAACCAAACCAGCCACCACAACAACAACAACAACAACAACGCCCAAGCCGGCAACAAAGAAAGAAACAAGUUCCACAACAACAACAACGGCUAGCAGCACACCCAAGCCAGAGACAACAAAGCGCUCAGUGCCAAAGAAACCGGCGCCUGUGGAGGAGCAGAUUCCCGUAGACACCAAGCCACCGAAGAAGGAGAAACUCAAGGUGAUCAACAAGGAAGGCUCCCAUGUGGAGCUCUAAGUGGCAGCAGAGCCUCAACACUUAAUUCCCUUUCAUUUCCUAGCCGAAAACCCAACAGCAAUACGUUGAUGUCGUUCGCCCGGAAACACUCAGCCCUCGGGCGAUUAAUUAUUUAGUUUGAAACUAGUUAGUUCAAUUACAACUAGCUGCAAGCGUUAACUGAAUGAAAACAGAAUUAGGGCAGCUAUUUAUAUGUCGCACAACCUGCAUAUAAUUGAGUCUUUGCUAUUUUAUAUUUCGAUUCCCAUUCCCAAUAACGACAUUCCCUUUUUGUGUGAAUCAUUUGCAUUCCAGUUAAUGAGAUGACGGAAAUGAUAAAUUAUGCUCACAAAUAA